UUAUAGCGAUUAGCGACCCGACCCUGCUAUACCUAUACCCGAUUUCCACUCCUUAGUCCUUCCUUCCCUCCCGCGCUCGCUGUGGCCACUUCCAAGCUCAGCCACUUCUUCUUGCUCAGCGCAGGCUCAUGGCUUCUCUCGACGCUUGUUCUUCUUACUCUUCCUCAGCUUUCAUCUCCGGUCUGCGUUCUUUACCCAACCAAUUGCAGACCUGGAAUCUUUUCUACCUCCUCAAGUGCCCCUCCUCUCGCCGUUACCCAUCCUCCCCUUCCCCUUUCUCCACCCUCACCUCUUCCCUCCACGUCCCAGCCGCCCUUGCCGCCGCCCCUUCCCCUGCUCGACUACGUCCCCGCGCCGAUAGCAUCGACCUCGACAACGACCCAAUCUCCCUCCUCCACCUCAGAAUUCGCCGCUACCACACCAGCCGGGAUUCCUCCUCCAGACCUGCCAUGGACUCCAAGGAGGCCGAUAAAUACAUUCAGCUGGUGAAGGAGCAGCAGCAGAGAGGUUUGCAGAAGUUGAAGGGAGAAAGGCAGUCCAAAUCCAACUCUGACGGAGGAGGAUUUAGCUAUAAGGUCGACCCCUACACACUCUGUCCCGGAGACUACGUCGUCCACAGGAAGGUCGGUAUUGGGAAGUUUGUCGCCAUCAAGUUCGAUAUCCCUAGCCCUUCUUCUCCGCCUAUCGAGUAUGUCUUCAUCGAAUACGCUGACGGCAUGGCCAAGCUCCCUCUUCACCAGGCCUCUCGCUUGCUUUAUCGUUACAAUCUCCCCAACGAAGCGAAAAGGCCCCGGGCGCUGAGCAAAUUGAGCGACCCAGGUGCGUGGGAGAAGAGAAAGACCAAAGGUAAGGUUGCAAUCCAGAGAAUGGUUGUUGACUUGAUGGAGUUGUAUUUGCACCGGCUAAAGCAAAGACGGCCUCCUUACCCGAAGAAUGCUGCCGUGGCAGAGUUUGAAGCUCAUUUUCCUUAUGAACCCACUCCUGAUCAGAAACUGGCUUUCCGUGAUGUUGAGAGGGAUCUAACUGAGAGGCAAACUCCAAUGGACAGAUUGAUAUGUGGGGACGUUGGUUUUGGGAAAACAGAAGUUGCUUUGCGUGCCAUCUUUUGUGUUAUCUCGGCAGGAAAGCAAGCAAUGGUUUUAGCACCAACAAUUGUCCUGGCCAAGCAACACUAUGAUGUAAUUUCAGAACGUUUUUCUAAGUAUCCUGAUGUCAAGGUCGGACUUCUUAGUCGGUUUCAGACCAGAGCAGAAAAGGAAACUUAUCUGGAAAUGAUCAAACAUGGUGAUUUGGACAUAAUUGUUGGGACUCACUCACUUCUUGGAAGCCGUGUUGUGUAUAACAAGUUGGGUCUUCUUGUUGUUGAUGAAGAACAGAGGUUUGGUGUCAAACAAAAGGAGAGGAUAGCCUCUUUCAAAACUUCUGUUGAUGUGCUUACUCUCUCAGCAACUCCAAUACCUCGAACUCUUUAUUUAGCACUCACCGGAUUCCGUGAUGCAAGUUUAAUUUCAACGCCACCACCUGAAAGGGUUCCUAUAAAGACCCAUUUGUCUCCAUACAACAAAGAGAAGGUAGCAUUGGCAGUAAAAAAUGAGUUGGACCGGGGAGGCCAAGUGUUUUAUGUCUUGCCACGUAUUAAAGGACUAGAAGAAGUUAAAGAUUUCCUUGAACAUUCAUUUCCUGAUGUCGAAAUAGCCAUUGCACACGGGAAGCAAUACUCCAAGCAACUUGAGGACACCAUGGAGAAAUUUGCGCUAGGUGAAAUAAAGAUUCUCAUAUGUACCAAUAUAGUAGAAAGUGGGCUUGAUAUUCAGAAUGCAAAUACCAUCAUAAUUCAAGAUGUUCAGCAAUUUGGACUGGCACAACUGUAUCAGGUUCCACUCCGACAACCUUAUAAGGAAGCUCAUGCUUACCUAUUUUAUCCCGACAAAUCAUUCCUAACUGAUCAAGCCCUGGAGAGACUGCAAGCAAUGGAAGAAUGCCGAGAACUUGGACAGGGUUUCCAAAUUGCUGAAAGAGACAUGGGUAUAAGAGGCUUUGGGACAAUCUUUGGUGAGCAACAAACUGGGGAUGUGGGGAAUGUUGGCAUUGAUCUCUUCUUUGAAAUGCUUUUCGAGAGCUUGUCCAAGGUUGAAGAGCACUGUGUGGUAUCAGUUCCUUACAAUUCUGUUGAGAUUGAUCUGAAUGUAAAUCCCCAUCUUUCUUCCGAAUACAUAAAUUAUCUGGAGAACCCCAUUAAAAUUAUUGGUGAAGCAGAGAAAGCUGCAGAGAAAGACAUUUGGAGUCUGGUACAGUUCACAGAGAAUUUGAGGCGCCAAUAUGGAAAAGAGCCCCACACCAUGGAAAUUUUACUGAAGAAACUAUAUGUGAGGAGAAUGGCCGCAGAUAUGGGGAUAAUGAGAAUAUAUGCUUCAGGAAAGAUGGUUGGCAUGAAAACAAACAUGAGCAGAAGAGUUUUCAAGCUGAUGACAGACUCUCUGUCUUCAAAUGUGCAUGGGAACUCCUUGGUCAUUGAAGGAGACAUAAUAAAGGCAGAAUUACUACUGGAGCUCCCAAGUGAACAGCUGCUAAAUUGGGUGUUCCAGUGCUUGUCGGAACUUCAUGCGUGUCUGCCUAACCUCAUAAAAUACUAGAUUUGCAUAGGUGAACCUUAGAUAGGUGGUAUUCUUUGGGAGCCUGCUUAUUUAGCAGGUGAUUGCAUCCUUAUGCGGAAGCAGAUCUUGGACUUGGAUGUUAGUGUAUGUGGAGAAGAUCCAGAGGGGAAGAAGUAAAGGGAUUGAUAAGUAAAACAUGUACAUGGUAUUGGCUUGGCAGAGCGUUUUGCGCGGAUUUGGUUUAUUAUUAUGAGUUCUUAGGAUUAGGUGGGUCAGUUGGAGAUGUCAGUGUGGGAUGGCCUAGACAGUGAAGAAGAAAAACUGUUAAGGGAUGGUGAAGUAGAUGUAGGUUACAUUAGAGUAUGAUUACAAGGGUGGUCCUGGAUGGAGGAGACACAUGACAUACUGCAAUUGUACUGCCUUCCAUCGAAAUUUUGUUUUAUAUUCUUAGCCAGGUAUGUUGCAGGGAGAGUAGUUGUUUAUUUACUACAUUUAUUUAGCUCAACUGGUUACCUGUGUAGAUAUACAUAUUUAUAUGCAUUAUUAUUUGGUUUCUGUGUGUACUUACAUAGAUUUUAAUGCUGAUGAGUGUAUGUGUGGAGGUGUUGAACCUUAUCUCGACAAUACUAAUUUGAUGAAGAAAUCCAGUCGAUACCCAGACCCAGACCAAGACCCAGCAGCAAGUAAAUGUAACGUUUGCCAGAUGUUGCAGUUUGAUCAGUUCAAAGCUAGACAGUGGACUUUCAGCUUGCUCUUAUCACUCAUUCCCAACUUCGAGGCACCAACGGUAUAAGGCCUUGUCGUUACCGCUGGGAAUGCAGUAAGUUCUGUUGCGAAAAGGGUGGAAGCGACAGGACGGUUCGAUGCUAUGUCAAGGGAGUACUGCAGGUUCUGGGCAGUGAUAAGGAGAACAAGCAUUCUGAAUCUCAUCCAUGUGGUAGAAUGGAGAUAGGAAGAAGCGUCUCACCAAAUUUUCAGGGCAAAAUGAACCCCAAAUUUUCAGGUUUUGGACUCAACUGGAAGCAAUCAGGUUAUUUCCUUCACUGCAACAAUCUCAUAACUAAUUAAUGUAUGAAUUUAUAUGAAAUCAGUCUCGCGCUCUUUUGUCAAUUAAUCAAAAUGGUAGGGGACUGAAAUUUAUGGGAAAACAGAGGAGCGGUUACCUUGAGAAUGAGAUAGGAAUUGAACCAGGACUUCGCCGGUAGAAGGGAGGAGGCGACGGAGGAAAGUGGGCUCGAGGUAGAUGAUGCUACUCGCGGCAAUAAUUGCCGCAGUGAUGGGAGGGUUCAAUGGCAAUCUGUACUACUCGGUGGCGGAGCGAAGAUGCCAUCAUUCUCGCUCUGCUCCAUCGAGAUAGGUUAGGGGAUCGUCAUGAAUAUGGAAACAUGUAAUUCCCCACCUCCGGCUAGAUCCGAUGAUGGAAAAGAUUGGCGAACUGAAAUGAAAGAGCAUUCGUGCCGGGAUCAAAUGUUGGGAUGACGGCCUACUUCCUCGAGUUAGAAGUUCCUUUUUUCACAAACCAUUAUUUUGAAACACUUCUCUGGAGUCUCUUAUGAAUUAAUGAUAAAAGUUAUGUAAAUAUACAAACAACAUUGCAAGCAAAAGCCUAGAAAGAAUGUGUAGCAUCAUCACAAACGCAACACCUUAGUCAUUGUCAGGAACUUCAAACUCUUUUUCAAUUUAAAAGCGGACCAUUGUGCUACCUCCACUCUUUUUGUAACCAAGUUGAUUCCAUUUAGAGUCGGCGAUUUGGCGACCUUAGACCCUUCAUACCUUACCAUCAUUGGGAAUGAGUGAUAUGAUCGCGAUGGAAGCUUGCUAAUGGAUGAACCAAUAACCAAAGAUGAUCCGAUGUUUCGUGCUGACAUGAUUGUCUUGGACACUCUGGUUGCUUGCUGCCCCUUAACACAUGGAGUUGUCUUCAACUGUGGCACAAAUGACAAUGAAUUUUCUUCUAUAUCGCUUUUGUUGACACGUGCUUUGCUCGAGAAACUAAGACAACCCACACCAAAUACAAUUAGCGACAACAGAAAAUUGCAGCAGCGAAUAGGCAUAAUGAUUCAACUUGACAAUAGCCAUACAUCCUAUCGAACUGGGGUCUUAAGAGAUGAUUGGGAAUGGCCAACAAUCUCCUUCGUUGCAUCAAAACCCCACCUAGAACUAGAGGUGGCAAACAUGUUGGUUCCAAGUGCAGCGAGUCAUUAUUGGUAUGAAUAGGUGAAGCCAAAAGGCAAAAACAUUCCUAAUUUCACAAAUAGAGAGCAUGCUCGUUAUGAGUCACAACGCGUGCUGUCUCGGAUUUGGAUCAUGUUUGAACUUGGAACCACCAUCCCUAAUCCCUAUCAUGAGUCAAAAGGGAAAGAUAGAAAGCAACAUCAAGGCGUACCAUUCCAAGUGAUUGACACAUCUGUCCUGGGAUGUUAACACAAAACCUGAGUCUUCAAGCAAGGAUGCAACAUCACCUAUAAUCAUCUUCAAAUCCCUACAUUCCUGAAAUACCUUAUAUCUUGGAGAGUGAAGAUACCGAUGAAUACGUUCCGAAGAGUUUUCAAAUAUCCGUGCUAAUAGAAAUGCAGAAGACAGAACCGAUUUUUUCUCCUUGAGAAUCUGAACAGUAACAUUGUCCUCACUCUUUCCUGUCAAGCUGAUUUCUUCAUCGAGAACUCUCCUCGAAGCAUGCAGUAAAAAGUCAUACAAGUUUGGGGUAUACUCCAUAUAGUCCCUAGUAUGGUAAGAAAUUUGAGGACCAAGUGGAUGGUCAAACUGAAGAAGGACUCGUACGGCCAUUAGAGCUGCAGUGAACUCAACAAUUCGCCCCUCCGUGAUGUAGAUAAAACAUAGUUUUGCAAGAUAGGUGGGGUGGAGGACUUUCGCAGGCUUACCAUACCCGAGCUCCAACUGCAACAUGCAUUGCAUCUUUUCUACCUGCAUGAAGACAAAAUAUGAAAAGCAACUUGAAAGCUGACUCUUGGGGGUUCCAAUCCUUCAGACAAGGAUGAUAGCAUAAAUUCUCUAUAGCCCUGUUGAAUUCCGAAUCAAGAAUUUCACUUCUGCACACACUGGUGGGUCGAAUUAAAAAGGCCAAAUACCCUGAUCUUGGCCUUCAAUAUACAAAAGCUCGGUUAACUUGGAGGAAUAAUUCAUUAGUACAUAGUUACAACAAAGAGAGCUAUAAAGACAAACAACAAGGGAGUUGAAGGCUCAUAUAUGAGAAACUCAAGGCAGGCGUUGGUCGAGUGCUGCCAUAGCUAGGCUGCUACGGGCUACCAUAGAUAUAGGCUGCUGGGAUAGAGAUAGUUACCAGUGACCGUGCAUCAUAUUACGGUUGACCGGUCCGCUAGGGUAUGGAUAGUUAAUCUCGGAAUCUUGGGUGGAUAUGAUAGGGCUGUUCAGAGAAGUUAAAGGGAUCCCAGCUCCUUCUAAGAUAGUCUGGACCUGUUGAGCAAUUGGGGAACUGGAAAGAUGCUGUUUCUCUUUUUCUAGCAAAAUUGGGAUUAAGUUAGACAAUUGGGUGCCAGCUUUCUGAAAGACUUCAAGUAAUAGCAGGGAAGAGGUGAGGAUCGACCGCUUUUCCUCCAAAGACUUUAUCAAUUGGGGAUCAUCGCCAUCGCUGCACCACCGGAUGUCGGCGACCACGAAAGCAAGCUGAGAGGUAAGGAAAUCGCGGAGGGAGUAGUCUUCCAAACGUGAAUGCUGCAACUCCAAGCGUCGAGUUAGGCAAUGCAAGAAUGUUGGGGAGAGAACUCGAUCAGGGACAGCAAAGAGAAGCCAGAGCAGCUUCGCUGCCUGGCCAUUCCUUGCAUACCGGAAGAUUUUCAUCUCCAGGUCUUUAUCCUUGGCGCGCCCGAGCAGCUUUACCGUGUGCCACCAGUUGAAAUUGUCGGCGCUGGAGAUCCAUUCCGGCAGCCAGAGGAUCAAAUCGGAGAGGAGGAGGGCGCCGCCGCCGCUUUGGCUUUCCUCCAUCUUCUUGUUCCAUUCAUUGCAACUGGUCUCGAGCGCGUAGUCGAUGGCACUCGUUUCAAGUUCUUUGGGUUCGAAGCUCGAAAAAACAUGGUACGGACGAACCCAAUGGCGAAUCAACAGCUCGAUCGCCUCGUGAAACCCUAACUUAGCAGCAUAAUGCAGGGGCAGUUGGCAGUUCCCCACCGGUCCGCGGAUAUCCAACCGAUUGUGAGCGAUUUUCCGCUCCAAAAGUGCGGUGAUGCAACCAAUUGCUCUCGACUGAAUCAACUUCGCCACCACCUCAGGAGGGCAGCAUUUAGAUUUAGGAUCCAAACUCGCUAAAAAUGCUUCCACAUCAUCCUCUUCCACCGCCUCCUUCUUCACCAUGGUAAUCCAAUGCAGCUCCGACGUCCGGCGCUCUGUAACGGUAGAAAGCCAGAGGAAUUGAGAGAGAGAGUGAGAGACAGAGAGAGAGGCGGCGGAGAAAAGGAGAUUCCUUUCUUUCCGGAUUUAUUUAGGUAAAUAGGUAGACAAUCCCAAUGAGAAGGGACUUUUUUUUUGGUUCAGUGGUUCACUCUCGCGGUUCUUUUUCCCUCUUCUUCUUUUUAUC